GGGACUCACUACUUCACCUCUGGCUCCCUGGGGGGCGUGUUUGACCUUCUCUACCAGUUCAGCCGAGAGGAGCUAAAGAACUCAGGCUUAAGAGAAGAAGAAACCAGAAAGUGUAUCCAAAUUGAAACAGAGAAACGUAUUCUUUUUGUUAAGAAAACAGAAGUGGAACACCGGUGCACCACUAACAAGCUGUCAGAAAAAUAUGAAGGUUCACUUGUACAGGGAGCAGAGAAAUCCAUAUCCCUGGUUCAAGGAGGAAGGAGUGAGUUUGCAGCAGCUUUGGCAUGGGAGAAAGGCAACUCAGGUCCAGAGGAGAAAGUCUUUACGGAGUGGCUAGAAUCAGUGAAGGAAAAUCCUGCUGUGAUUGACUUUGAGCUUGCUCCCAUUAUGGACUUGGUAAGAAACAUCCCCUGUGCAGUGACAAAACGGAAUAACCUCAGGAAAGCUUUUCAAGAAUAUGCAGCCAAGUUUGAUCCUUGCCAAUGUGCUCCAUGCCCUAAUAAUGGCCGUGCCACACUCUCAGGGACCGAAUGUCUGUGUGUGUGCCAGAGUGGUACCUAUGGGGAGAACUGCGAGAGGCGAUCUCCAGACUAUAAAUCUAAUACAGUGGAUGGGAACUGGGGUUGCUGGUCUUCCUGGAGCACAUGCAAUGCUGCUUAUAAGAGAUCAAGAACCCGAGAGUGUACUAACCCUGCCCCCCAACAGGGAGGGAGACAUUGUGAGGGCAAGCAGCGGCAAGAGGAGGACUGCACAUUUUCAAUAAUGGAAAAUAUUGGGCAACCAUGCAUCAGUGAUGACGAAGAAAUGAAAGAGGUAGAUCUUCCUGAGAUAGAAACAGAUUCAGGGUGUCUUCAGCCAGUUCUUCCAGAAAAUGGAUUUAUCAGGAAUGAAAAGAAACUGUACUCAGUUGGGGAAGAAAUUGAAAUUUCAUGCCUUACUGGAUUCAAAGCUGUUGGAUACCAGUACUUCAGAUGCUUACCAGACAGAACGUGGUGGCAAGGGGAUGUGGAAUGCCGACGGACAGAGUGCCUCAAGCCAGUUGUGCAGGACAUCCUGACACUCACACCAUUUCAGAGAGUAUAUAAAAUUGGUGAAUCCAUUAAACUGACCUGCCCAAAAGGCUUUGCUGUUUCUGGGCCAUCAAGGUACACGUGCAAGGGGGAUUCCUGGACACCACCCAUUUCAGAAUCACUGACCUGUGAAGAAGAUAUUCUGACAAAAUUAAAGGGCCAUUGUCAGCCUGGACAAAAACAAUCAGGAUCUGAAUGCAUUUGUAUGUCUGCAGAAGAAGACUGUAGCCAUUAUUCCGAAGAUAUUUGUGUAUUUGACUUCAGUUCCAGCCAUUACUUUACUUCAUCUGUUUGUAAGUUUUUGGCUGAGAAAUGUUUAAAUAAUGAGCAACUCCAUUUUCUACAUACUGGUUCCUGCCAAGAUGGUCUACAGCUAGAAUGGGGUCUUGAAAGGACAAAACUUGCAUCCAAUAGCACGAAGAAAGAAGUUUGUGGCUUCAACAUCUGCUAUGACUGGGAAAAAUGUUCAGCUUCUACUUCCAAUUGUGUCUGCCUGUUACCUCCCCAGUGUUUCAAGGGUGGAAACCAACUCUAUUGUGUCAAAAUGGGAUCAUCAACACAUGAGAAAACUGUGAACAUCUGUGAAGUGGGAGCUGUGAGAUGCGCAAACAGGAAGGUGGAAAUUCUCUACCCUGGGAGGUAUGCUAGGUGGAAGAGCGCAGUGAGGAGCGCCCCGCACUCCCCUCGGCCGCAGGGUGAAGCUGGGGUCCCGGGGACCGGCUGCAGCCUCUGCUCUGCUGACACCGAGGCCUCGCUGCAGCUGCCCAGCGUCCGGCCCAGCCGCGAAGCAUGGACGAACCCCUCCGCCCCACCACGAUGA